CGAAAAAAAAGACGGACUCAAAGUCACCGUCAGAGUGACGUACUUCCUGUCGGCGGUAAAGCGUGCUGUUGGUUGUUUGAACCUUAAACGUUAUCGUGACGAAAAUACUACAGUUUCUACUUUUGUGCAAAAUUAACAAUUGAAACGAAAUAAGUAUGAGUUUACCUCUGAAUCCAAAGCCUUUCCUGAAUGGCCUGACAGGAAAACCUGUGAUGGUAAAGCUGAAGUGGGGGAUGGAGUAUAAAGGCUACCUGGUGUCUGUGGAUGGAUACAUGAACAUGCAGUUGGCGAACACAGAAGAGUAUGUUGAUGGAGCGUUGGCAGGGCAUCUUGGUGAAGUGCUGAUCAGGUGCAACAAUGUUUUAUACAUCCGAGGCGUAGAAGAAGAGGAAGAAGAUGGAGAAAUGAGAGAGUGAUGAUGAUGAUUAAGUUUUUUCCCAGUUGUACCUGGUGGUUGAGUUGAUGUGUGUUUGCGUUUUCACCAUGUGAAACAAAUGUUUUUCUUUUUUACUAUGAUGCUUGUUUGCAUGCUGGAUGCAGACACAAUAAAAUGAUUAUUGUAACAUUU